AUGGCGUUAUCUAAAAAGGAGAUUAAGAUCACCACUCUCUUGGUGAUCGACACUGUGUUUUUCCUCUUGGAAAUCAUCAUCGGGUACACGGUCAACUCGUUGGCUCUUAUUGCGGACUCGUUCCACAUGUUGAACGACAUCAUUUCGUUGAUUGUCGCCCUAUGGGCCGUCAACGUCGCCAAGAACCGUUCUGCAGACGCCGAAUACACCUACGGCUGGCUGCGUGCAGAAAUCUUGGGCGCCCUCAUCAAUGCGGUCUUCCUCAUUGCCUUGUGCUUCACCAUCCUCAUCGAGGCACUCCAAAGAAUGCUCAGUCCUCCGGUCAUCACCAACGCCCAGUUGAUCUUGACUGUCGGCACCUGCGGCUUGUUGUCCAACAUCGUCGGCCUCUUCUUGUUCCACGAACACGGCCACUCCCAUGACGACGAAACAACCCAUUCUCAUUCCCACAAGCACCACAAGAGCCUCAGCGGCGAACGUUCUCCACUACUGAGCUCGGACCCAGCUGCAGAAGAUCAAGACUUGCGUCAAGUCUUACCUUCCUACGUCGUUGGCCAGUUGGACGAAAAUGCGUCCUCCUCCACCAAGCUCAACGCCUCAGGAUCCCGUAAAAAGGCUGCUCACCAAAAGUCUCUGAAUAUGCAAGGUGUUUUCCUUCACGUCUUGGGAGACGCCUUGGGAAAUGUCGGGGUCAUGCUCACUGCCCUUUUCAUCUGGAAAACAGACUACAGCUGGAAGUACUACACCGAUCCUUUUAUUUCGCUAGUCAUCACCUGCAUCAUCUUCUCCUCUGCUCUUCCCCUUUGUAAGCGUUCAUCAAGAAUCUUAUUACAGGGUACACCUUUAACUGUCGAAACUUCUGACGUUAUCCAAGACAUCCUCCAGAUCCCAUCUGUUUUAGGCGUUCACGACUUCCACAUCUGGAACUUGACCGAAAAACUACUGAUUGCUUCGUUACAUGUGGAAUUGAACAGCUCUCCUGAAAGUUUCCUCAAAAUCGCCACCGAAAUAAAGUCUUGUCUACACGACUACGGUAUCCACAGCGCCACCAUUCAGCCUGAAUUCUCCGCCUACUAUAGCCAACAACACAUGCUUCCACACAGCUUUUCAUCUACACAAAACCUAAGCCAUGCAAUUCUGAAUAAUGCUACUCAAGACGAAAUUCCAAAUCCUCAGAAAAACUUGAACCGCUCUUCUUCUGAAAUCCAUUGUUUGGUUGAUGCAAGUGCAAACUGUACUACUGGUGACUGUCUGAAAUAA